GUGUACGCCCUUGGUUUGAGAUGUAUCCGUCACUGUCGGAUUUGGUUUUCACUCUCCUUAACCAAUUUCGAAGGCAAUUAAAACCAUUUUCCACUACAUCUAGCAACUUCAUAAUAAUAAUUAAGAAGAUCCAAUCAAAUAUUUGAUACGGUCAGAUCAAAUUUGUUACAUAAAUUAAAUCUCACUCUGAUUUUCUUAACCCAUGCUUUUUAACUAAACAUCUUGUUGUCCAAUUAACCUUCGUUUUUCUAUAUUCAUGUUACUGGGGUCUGAUUGGGAAGAAUUGCCAGAUACGUAUUUAAAUUCAUGUUAUACAAAAUCGGAUUGGUAAUACUUGACAGGUACAUUACUCAAAUUGGAAACAUUUGAAGGAGGAAACAGUAUCUGAAUGUUGACAAAAGAUAAAUUCCGCAAAAUUACAAAUUUGUAGCGAGAUUCUCCUAAUAUAUGCAAAUGGUUAAGGCGAUGACUACCAAUAAAUGCGAUUUGUUGGCGAAAGUAGAGCAGAUUGUUUUGGAAUUGAUCUCAAGUAUGAUAAAUCAUAAAAACCUUACUUUAAAAAUACCGCGCAACUGUCGAAGUAUGUUCAACCUAAUCGAUAAUAAUGUCGGAGUUGUGGAAGGAACUUUUAAAUAUCGAAAGGUCGUAUAUAAUAGGCGAUACAGUCGCCAUCGUUUUUGCCUGAUUGUUUAUCUGCUGACUGAGAUUCAUCGUUUGCAAGUUUUUGGAGGUAGUUGCACCGUACGUGGUCUUUAUUAUCAGGAUCCGCAGACGAUACGAUCACAGUCCUAUAUUGUCGCAGCCAAACUCGACGUCUGCCGCAUGCUAAACACGAGUCCAGUUUAUUUGGGCAUACGGUCGGCGGCCAAAGGACUUAUUUCAGGUGACAUUAAGCUAAUAAUGAGCAAUGGCGAUGUUAUGGAUGGCAAUGUUUAUUGUGGAUCGAUUAUGCUGCCAACGGAUUAUGAGAAUGUGGAACGCAUUGAGACAAAUGCUGAGAUGGUUUUGAUUGUGGAAAAAGAAUCGGUUUUCGAGAGCCUGCUGUCCUGUAAUGCAUUUAGCACAUUUGGCUUGCGUUUUAUACUGGUAACUGGCAAAGGAUAUCCGGAUUGCACUACACGGCGAAUUGUUUACAGACUAUCUGUCGAAUGUAAUUUACCAGCAUAUAUUCUAGUGGAUGCUGAUCCCUUUGGCAUUGAGAUAAUGCUCGUCUACCAAUACGGCUCGCAGGCAAUGAGCUUGUUUUCCAGCGGUCUUGCCACGCCAAUGCUGCGCUGGAUUGGACUACACCCAACGGAAAUUGAUAGUAUCUCAAAGCGUGCAGUUCCCCUAUCGAAUUAUGAUAAUAAAAAACUUAUUGAUAUGCUUUCACGCAGCAAUAUUAGUGUGGGCGUCCGACAGGAAUUGUGCAGGCUUCAGCAAACGCAGCUUAAAGCCGAAAUCGAGAGUGUUAUUGAUUUCUUAAGCCCCUACUAUAUACCAACAAAAAUCAAUCGAAAUUUGUAUUUAUAG